UGGCGUCACGUGCGCCGUAACACGACAACGAGUGAGUGAUGAUGUGGCGUCACGUGCGUCGUAGGACGACAACGAAAGAGACGAGUAGUGUAUCGAUCCUGCCUUCUUACUCAACAGUAGACACUGAGCGCGGACAUAAUGUGACGUUGCCGUGCAACAUCAAAACAAGAUGCCCCGACAGUCCUCAGAUCACGUGGUACAAGGGACAGCCAGGGAUUGGUCAGAGGGUGUUUAGUAUAAAUACGGCGGGUAAAGUGCUGAUUAACUCGAACUACACGGGCCGGGUGGAUCGGGAGGGACAAGCCGGACUGGUGAUUAUCUCCCCUGAUUUGGGCGACACCGGAAACUACAGUUGUGAAGUGCUGAUAACAGUCGACAUCCCGCCAAUCGAUGCUGGCCACGUGUUCUUAAACGUGACCACAGAGCAAAAAGUGAACUGUGAGCUGGGGGGCCGUCGUAUAUCUCUGGGCUUGGCCGUUCUGGAUACUCUGGCUAUUCUGCUUGGGGUGAUGUUAAUAUUUCUCUCUGGUCAAACGGGAUUUGUAGGUCAAUGCGCUCAAGCAGACAUGCGCUCUCCAAUCAUCAACAGCAGAAGAAACAUGUCACGUGUCUGUGCGGCGCACUUCCGGUUGUGUUGGAUGAGCCUGUGUCUGAUUGGAGCAACUGUAAUGUGGAUUCAUUACACUGUAAGAGACAUGCCUGACAUCAGCAACUCUAUUGGCACCAUUGGUGUCGUCCUGAGUAUUGUGGGGGUCACAAUCUGCUUCCUGUGUCAGGUACACGGGAUAAUCACAUGGCUUCAGGACAGAAAAGAUGGCUUAAAAGAAGACGUUAACCCAUCAGCUAGAAAAGCAAUGUUAGUUAAACUAGAUGCUAUAUGAAAGCCAAAGCAAAUAGAGUGUUUCUUAACUGUUCUUAUUUACUUAUUUGUUUAUUU